AUGCUUUUUAUUACAACUCUCAAUUGCCAACAAAGUUUACCUCGUCUUCCAGUGCCUCCUCUCAAUGAAACUCUGAAAAAACUUAUUGAUUCUCUCCUUCCUCUUUAUGGAGAAAAUUCUACAGAAAUCAUCAACUUGAAAAAACAAGCUCAGGAAUUUGCAAUAUCACCGGGACCAAAACUUCAACAUCUCUUAGUCUUAAAAUCAUGGUGGGCUCUGAAUUGGGUCACAGACUGGUGGGAGAAGUACAUUUAUCUUCGUGGUCGCAGUCCUCUGCCCAUUAAUAGUAAUUACUACAGCCUUGACCACUCCUUCUGGAAGCCUACCACUCACCAGAUUUCCAGAGCUGCAGUUACACUGCAUCAGUUUAUGGUUUUUAAACAAAAACUUGAUCGUGAAGAAAUCAAACCUUUAUUGAUUCGCAAUACAAUUCCUAUCUGCAUGUAUCAAUAUGAACGGAUCUUUGCAACAACACGAAUUCCAGGACAUGAAAUAGAUUUUUUGAUGCAUAAUGGUUCUUCAAAGCACAUUGUUGUGCUACGAAAGGGCCUUAUCUAUAAGCUGAACAUGUUUGAUAUUGAUAGUAAAUUGCUCUCUCCAGCCAACCUUGAGCAACAAAUUCAAUGGAUCAUUGAAGAUGCAGACAAACACCAAGAUGAGUAUUCCAAUGCUGAAAAAUCUCUAGCAGCCUUUACAUGUAUAGAACGUCAAACAUGGGCAGAUAUCCGAAAGCAGUAUUUUUCUGAAGGAAUCAACAAAGAAUCUUUGGAUUGCAUUGAGAAUGCUAUUAUUUUUGUUACUUUGGAAACAGUUUCUGUAGAAACAUUGAUGGAACGCUCCCAGUAUUUGAUACAAGGAAAUGGGAAAAGCAUCUGGUUUGAUAAGAGCUUCAAUCUUGUCUAUUUUGCCAAUGGACGAAUGGGUUUGAAUUGUGAACAUUCCUAUGCUGAUGCUCCUGCUAUUGGACAUUGUCAGGAAUUUGUCAUGACAAAUGAGUUGAUACAUUCCCUUUACACAAAACAAGGAUUUGCCAUCAAGGAUACAAAUUUCCAACAGAGUAAAAUGCAAAUGCCUCAGAGAUUGGUGUGGGAUUUUCCUGAAUCCAUUAAUCCUCAAAUUGAUAUGGCUUUAUCUUUUGCUAUUAAGAACAAAGAAAAUAUUGAUUUGGCUGUGAGAAUGUUUGACACUUAUGGAAAAGGUUUUAUGAAAAUGAUAAAGGUAAGCCCAGAUGCCUACAUCCAAAGUGCACUGCAACUGACAUACUAUACUUAUUAUAAAAAACUGGCUCUGACCUAUGAAUCUUCCAUGACCCGCCUGUACCUCCUGGGGAGAACUGAAACUGUUCGUUCUCUUACAUCUCAUCUUGCAGAAUUUGUCAGAGCUAUGAAAGAUGAGAGAAUUUCCAAAGAGAAAAAAAUCAGUUUAUUACGAAAGGCUUGUGCACAACACCAAACUUUAUACAAAGAUGCAAUGAAUGGGAAAGGAAUUGAUCGCCAUCUCUUUGGACUUUAUGUUCUUAGUGAAGCACUUGGUUAUGAUUGUCAAUUUUUGAAACAUACUCUUACAUUGCCUUGGACAUUGUCUACCAGUCAACAGCCACAGCAACAAAUUACAACAUCACCUGACUGUAACCUGCCAGAAUUUGAUCCAAUGUUAGGUCCUGGUGGUGGAUUUGGUCCUGUUUCAGACACAGGUUAUGGCAUCUCCUAUAUGAUUGCAGGAAACAAAAAAAUCUUCUUCCACAUCUCUUCCAAGAGGUCUGCUCAGAUCACAGAUUCCACUCGUUUUAUGGAUUUGUUGUUUGAAACACUUUGUGAUAUGAAGAGUCUCUUUGAAUAG